ACGAUUCUCUCUCUGCGCAAUGUUUGCCUAGCUUUGCUUAGUCGAAAUAGCGAUAAUAAAACGCACGGCGGUGACGAUAGAGCCUUGCUUCAUUCGCAUUGUUACACGGAAUAAGACGCUCGAUUGUUGUCCAUAACUGCGAUAAAAAGGGGAAUGCUGUAUUUUCGUUUUUUCAAUCGCGCGAGCUGAUGGUCGCAGUCUUAACGGCGCAAAUUAAUCGGGAGUUUGGUUCGACGACUGGCUAAGAGACAAUCGAACGCGAUCGUCGUAAUCGUCGUCGGCACGGGGCAGGCGUGACACGAUUCGGCCGAGAGUAACGAAUGAACUAUGUGGGCGAUCAGCGGCACGACGAGGCCUCGCUUACGUUCCGCACGCAAGUCGAUCGGCAGCGAAGCCAGCGAGUGCAUCCAACGACGAUUCGGCUCGCCACUCGUUCGUCCUCCUUGGGGCAACGACUUAUCGAAGCGCGAGAUCUACCCGUCGCUCUGGUACCUGUAUCGCGAGCAGCUGCUGCCGAAGAACACGAGGAUCUUUGGUUACGCAAGGCGUCAGCGCACGAUCGACUACCUGAGAGGGACCGUCGAGCCGUACGUCACCGUUAAUCCCGGCGAGGAAGAGCUUUACGAUCAGUUCUGGCAGCUGAAUAGCUACGUCGCCGGCUCCGAUGGCAGCGAAGAGGAUUACCGGAACGUCGACAGAGCUGUCAGCCAGUUUGAGGAUGGAGAAGAGGCCAAUCGGAUAUUCUACUUGGCGCUGCCACCGGCUGUCUUCGUCAAUUCCACUAGGAACAUCAAGGCUGCUGCUAUGGCUAAGAAUGGCUGGACGAGGGUAGUGCUCGAAAAGCCUUUUGGACGAGACUCCGAGAGUUCGGAUGAGUUGUCUCGGCACGUUAGUAGCCUGUUCACCGAAGACCAGCUCUAUCGCAUGGAUCAUUUCCUCGGAUACGAAGUGGUCCAGAAUAUCCUAACUUUGAGAUUCGGCAACCGGAUUUUCACGCCUGCCUGGAACAAUGAGAAUAUCGCUUCGAUUGAGAUGGACUUCAGAGAGAACUUUGGAGUCGAAGGUCGUGGUUCUUUCUUCGAUGCAAAUAACAUUAUACGCGAUGUCAUGCAGAAUCAUUUGCUUCAAAUAAUGUCGCUGAUCGCCAUGGAAAGACCAAAAUCUAACAGCUCCGAUGAUAUUAGAGAUGCCAAAGUAGAUCUGUUAAGAUAUACCAAAGCAAUAGUGAUGGAUGACGUAGUUUUGGGCCAGUAUGUAGCCAAUACUGACUCGCAAGAUCCUCGGGAAAGAAUCGGCUACCGAGACGAUCCAACCGUGCCUGACCACUCGAACACAUCCACUUUUGCUCUCACAGUUUUGAGAGUUGAAAACGAACGUUGGAGAGGUGUACCUUUCAUUAUCAGAGCUGGAAAAAGUUUGAACGUCAAUCAGACAGACGUUAUCGUUCAAUUCAAGAAUGUGCCCGAUAAUUUAUUCGGAAGUCAACCCAUAAGAAACAAAUUGGUAAUAAGGGUAAAAGGAAGCGAAGGUAUACAGGUAAAGAUAAUGUCGAAAGUACCUGGUUACAAGAAUGACAUCGAAGAGAUAGUAGCUGAUUUCAAUUAUGAAGAAGACUACAAGAAUAAACGAAUACCUGAAGCUUACCAAAAGCUAAUUCUGAAUGUCUUCGAAGGCUCUCAAUCGAAUUUCGUGCGCUCCGAUGAACUUAAAGAAGCGUGGAGGAUUUUCACUCCGAUUCUUUACGAAAUCGAAAACAAUACAACUCGACCCAUCGAGUACAAAUUCGGAACUACAGGCCCUAAAGAAGCUGACGAGAUGGAGAGAAGAAAUAAUUUUUUGAGAAAUUAAUUACAAAUGCUACCUACGAGUUUCCAAUUUAAUUAGCAUCAGUGAAGAAAUUGUGAUUUUGCUGUUGAUCAAAUGAAUUAACUCAUGAAAAAAUGUCAAGUCUCGUAAAAACUGCAACAAUAAAAUUCUAAAUUGCAUUUAUUAUGAACGUAAUUCAAUUAAUAAUGUAUAUAAGAUGUAAAUAAAUUUACUCAAUACUUAUACACCAAAUUAGUUUUUAAGUAAAAUAUAAUCUUUGAGUAAACCAAAGUGUUUAAUCAAU